AUGCCUGGCGAGGGUGACAGCGUCACUGCCAGUGCCAGUGCAAGUGCCAGCGACACUGACCAAACUGGCAAGGGUAACGCCAGCAACGGAAGCAACGAUCACCAGGAAAUUUCCAAAGAUAAAAACGAAGCUCAGCAAAAGAGAAAUCCAGAUUCUUCAUCAUCGCCUUCUGCCACGAAAAGUAUGACCACGACCGACUAUCCCCAACAACAGUAUAAUCUCCAGACCGCUGCGAUACCUGUUGCUUCCAACAAUAAAGAAAACCAACCCCCCAGCGCAUCUCAGCUGUCGGAGUCUCUUGCCCGCCUGGAGCUUCAAGACAACAAAUCCAUCUUGACUUCUCCCAAGCCAGUCACGCCAGUCAUCCCACCUGCACCGAUAUUCACAGACCCUGCUGUGGUAGCUGAGCGAGCGAUGCACAUGAAGUUUACAGAAGCAGCUCUUGAUAUGGCCCGGCUCGCUCUUCAAACCAACGAAACCCCUGUUGGGUGCGUUCUUGUUCAUAAUGGACGGAUUAUUGCACGGGGCAUGAAUGCGACCAAUGUCACUCGAAAUGGUACUCGUCACGCCGAGUUCAUGGCGCUCGGUGCUUUGCUAUCUUACCCCCCAAAGGAUGGGCCUAGAACGACUUAUCUCAAGCCCAAAGCUGAGAACCAGUCUGAAGCAGGUUCUGAGACGUCUUCCAUUGAUUCGGGACCUCCAGAUGAAGGUAAUGAAGAUGGAGCCAAAGGACACCUCUACCCCUACGGACAAAAGUGCCACCCUGAUGCGCGAGUCGACAGAUCGAUCAUCAGAGAAAGCAUCUUGUACGUAACGGUUGAGCCAUGUGUCAUGUGUGCUUCUCUAUUGCGUCAGCUCGGCAUUAAAAAAGUCUACUUCGGCGCUGUCAACGACAAGUUUGGCGGAACUGGCGGUGUUUUCAGCAUUCAUGCCAAUUCCCUUCCCGUCAGUGCGGAUGGACAGACUGCUAGUGCUCAUCCCACCCCGAAACCUGCACAGCUCCCAGACGGCAGUGGUACUUUGGGUGUCUCAUAUCCUCCAGGCGGAGGCGAUGGCGGAAACAUUGAAUCUGGCUAUGAGAUCGAAGGUGGCUGGGGGCGCGAUGAAGCCGUUGGCCUACUCCGACGUUUCUAUGUCCAGGAGAACGGACGAGCGCCUGUACCUCGCAAGAAGGAAGGGCGCGCAGCCCGACUAGCCGCUAUGCUGGAAGGUGAAGGUAAUGGAGAAGAGACCCCAACACCUGAUAUUACGACACCUAUUCCAGAUGCCGAUUCUAUCGACCUCCCAGCUUCAACAGAAACCCUCAAGGAGCCCCAGCCGCUGGCAGAUCGCACCAAUGUCUAG